AUGGCAAAAUAUUCUGAAAAAUUUGAAACUGUAUCAACACUUCUUCAAGGGAUAGAUGUUGACCUGCAAGAAGCUACAAAACAUAUUCAAGACCUUUUAUCAAUGUUAGAAAUAGACCGUAAUUGUGAGAAUCUGUUCAAUACAAUAUUUAAUGAAGUAAAAUUAGUUGCUUCUAAAAUAGAUCUAGAGUUAAAGUUACCACGGCGUAGUAUUAAACAAGUACAUCGUGAAAACUAUCCAACUAAUGAUGUGGAGGUAUAUUUUAGACAAUCCUUAUUUAUACCAUACUUGGAAUCAGUUAUAAUGUCUCAAAAAGAUAGAUUUUCAGAUGAAAAAUUAAAAAUAUUUACAAUAUACAACUUACACCUAAAAAAAAAAAAUGAAACUAAUGAGCGACCAAAAAUUUGUAGAAAGUAUUGA